AGCGCUAUUCGUAUCAUGUGGCGAGCGAACAUAAACGCCGGUGGUCUGGUGACCGCGGUAGCACCGGUUGUCAUAAGCGGAAAUGGAGUCUGGGUCGGAUGGCCGGGUAUGCACAUGGAAAAUCCAAACGAACCGAUCCCCGAAUCUGAUCCCAACGAUCGUACACCUACAGCCGGUCUGUUGUCUCGGAAGGUUGUCGCGGUACACGUUGAUCCCGGCAUCUUUGAUUCAUAUUACAACGGAUGCUGCAACGGAACCUUCUGGCCGCUCUUUCACUCUAUGCCGGAUCGGGCGACCUUCAUCGCGGAUCAUUGGCGCGCGUAUUGCGUUGUUAACGAAAAGUUUGCCGCUAAAACGGUCGGUGCCUUGGAACAAAUUCACAAGGAACAGGAGAACCAGCCCAACGGCACACCGUUGGUAUGGAUUCAUGAUUAUCACUUGAUGUUAGCCGCCAAUUGGAUUAGACAAGCGGCCGACGAGAAGGAUCUCAGGCUCAAAUUAGGUUUCUUUCUUCAUAUACCCUUCCCACCAUGGGACAUCUUCAGGCUAUUUCCGUGGGCGGAUGAGAUCCUGCAGGGUAUGCUUGGAUGUGACAUGGUUGGUUUUCACAUUCAGGAUUAUUGUCUGAACUUUGUCGAUUGCUGCCAGAGGUGCCUCGGCUGCAGAGUGGAUCGUAAGAAUUUGCUAGUCGAACACGGAGGCAGGACAGUACGAGUAAGACCGCUGCCAAUCGGUAUUCCGUUCGAUAGAUUUGUCUCACUGGCAAAGACUGCCACCAAAGUCAUGCAGUCAAAUCAGAAGAUUGUUCUUGGCGUCGACCGGCUCGAUUACACCAAGGGUCUCGUUCAUAGAUUGAAAGCCUUCGAGAUGCUACUGGAGAAACAUCCCGAGCAUCGUGAACAGGUAACGAUGUUGCAAAUUGCAGUGCCUUCACGCACCGACGUUCGUGAGUAUCAGGAUCUGAAGCUCGAGAUGGAUCAACUGAUCGGUUGUAUAAACGGUCGCUUCACGACACCCAACUGGUCGCCCAUACGUUAUAUUUACGGUUGCGUGAGCCAGGACGAACUAGCGGCAUUCUACAGAGACGCCGCUGUCGCUCUCGUCACGCCGCUCAGAGAUGGCAUGAAUUUAGUCGCUAAAGAAUUCGUCGCCUGUCAAAUCAAUAACCCGCCGGGAGUGCUAAUAGUAUCGCCGUUCGCUGGUGCCGGCGAGAUGAUGCACGAGGCUCUGAUUUGCAAUCCUUAUGAGAUUGACGAAGCUGCGGAAGUGAUUCACAGAGCUCUUACCAUGCCCGAAGAUGAACGUACGUUAAGAAUGAAUCAUUUACGUCGACGUGAGAAGAUAUACGAUGUCAACUACUGGAUGAAGUCCUUCCUUCAAGUGAUGGGAUCGCUCGAGGAACACGAUUCCGUGGGUGCUACUACAAUGCAGCCCGUGACUAUGGAUGAUUUCGACGAUUACUUGAGCAAGUAUAUCGGUGAAAAUCACAAAUUGGCGCUUCUCUUGGAUUACGACGGCACACUAGCGCCCAUCGCCACUCAUCCUGACCUAGCAAUUUUACCGCUUGAAACGAAAAACGUUCUGCAAAGGCUGUCUAACAUGUCGGACGUUUACAUUGCGAUUAUAUCGGGCAGAAAUGUGAACAACGUGAAAUCGAUGGUCGGAAUAGAGGGUAUCACAUAUGCUGGAAAUCAUGGAUUGGAAAUCCUACAUCCGGACGGUAGUAAAUUCGUUCAUCCUAUGCCCGCCGAAUUUGAGGAAAAAGUGGCCAGUUUGAUGCAGAUGCUACAGGAACAGCUCUGCAAGGACGGUGCCUGGGUUGAGAAUAAAGGAGCACUUCUCACGUUCCACUAUCGCGAGACACCGGUAGAGAGUCGUCCCAGGAUGGUGGAGCAAGCUAAAAAACUUAUCGAGGCCGCUGGAUUCAAGGCAUGUUCCGCGCAUUGCGCCAUUGAGGCGAAACCGCCGGUCGAAUGGAACAAGGGCAGCGCUUCCAUCUAUAUUCUACGUACGGCGUUUGGUCUAGAUUGGAGCGAACGUAUCAGGAUUAUAUAUGCCGGUGAUGAUGUUACAGAUGAGGAUGCGAUGAAGACCUUAAAAGGUAUGGCCGCUACUUUCCGCGUGGCGUCAUCGCACAUCAUCCGCACGUCCGCGGAAAGACGGCUGCCUAGCACGGAUUCUGUACUCACGAUGCUAAAGUGGGUCGAAAGGCAUCUCAGUAGGCGCAAGCCCCGCAAUAGCAUUGACAUUCCGGGCAUCCCGUCACGAUUUCGGCGCAGCAGCGGUGGGAUCACGAUGGAGAUGUCUUACACGCCACCAAGAACGCCUCUCGAAUCGAAUUGGCUGAAAGUCUAACGAGCACGCAAAACUGGACGAAUAAGUUUAGUAUAAGAUGCUGCAAAAAACAAAAUUUUAAGAAAGGUAGACUCAAAUUAGAUUUUACACUUUUUUUAAGUAGAAUAAGACGCGAAAUGUAAAAAAAAGAAGGCGAAAGAAAGUAUUGGUAUUUACUGAUAUAAUUGUUUUCGUGGUUGUGUCUACGAUUAUUAGCGAUAAUAAAUAAGAAACAGCUAUAUAUACAUAGAUAUAUAUAAUUAGAAUCUAUGUCUUUUAUAUAAGAUAAUGUCGUGCGUUUCUUCAUGCCGUCGGAUAAUACUGACUAUAAACUGGUAUAAACUGGCAGUGCGUAUAUCCGUCUUUUGUCACGAGUUUAUUUUAAAGAGAAAAACUUUCUGAAAGUAAUGCGCGCAACUAAAUAGCAUCAUUAAAUGUACAAAAUAUAAUCCAAUAAUUAAAAAAAAAUUGUGACAGAAAAAAAGGAGAAAAUAAGAUGUCUCUGAAAAUGCGACCAAAUCUAGAAUUUUGAAGAAAAAAUUGUGUAAAAAAAAAAUAAAAAAGAAAGAAAAACAAAAUGUCUCCAAAAAUGCGACCGAGCGAUUUUAAACGAUUUUAACCGGUUAUGUAAAUAAAAAUGAAGAUUUAUUCUGAAGUGAAACUAUCUGAAACUGUAUAAGAGAGAGAGAGAGAAAGAAUAUAUAUUUAUAUUAUUUAUUUUAAAAAUUUAUUAGAAUUGAUAUUUACUGGAAAAUAUUAUUUUCGAUUAAUGUGUUGUUUUAUUCUUGCCACUUAGGUUCUUUGUUGAAACACUCGGAGCCUCCACAAACAGUACGAGCGCAAAUUGAAUUCAAUAAUCUCGUACUUUUGCCUUCAUAUUUAUUAGUCAAUUCUAAUAUAAUUGUCAGUCACAAUAUAAGUAAUAAGCGAGCGAGAUGAAGGAGAAAGUACACGAAGAAAACAAAUGUGUAUAUAAUGAGAUAUAUAUGUAAAUGUAAGCGCAUAAGAGAUCCUAUCACAUCCCCUUAAAGCAAAAUCUCUCCCCUUUCCCUUCGUCAUAAAAAAAGGUAAAAAAGAAAAAACGCGUGCUCUAUUUUAUGUUUUGUAAGAGUACUUAGUUUUUACCUCGUUAUAUGUUAUUACACAGGUGUGUGCGUGAAAUAAAAACAAACGCGCGAGAUAGUGCGAAUAUAUGACCAAAACUGGUUUACUCCCGUUACUGUAAAAGCGAGCUCACAAAACGCAGUGCAGGAAUAAACAUCGUUUAUAAAUUA